UGCUGACAGACGCCUAUCGAGGUCAUCGUCAUCAUUCCUUAUCAACAACAAAAACAAACCAAAGAGAAAUUAAAAUAAAUUGAUAUGAAAUUGAUAUAAAUAUGAUAUGACAAUCAAUUCAUAAAAAACAGUUACUUCAAGUGUGUGUUGCGUGUGUUGUUUAUUUCGUAAAAAUGGUAGACAAUUUCAAAUCAAUUAAAUUUACCAAUUGCCGCCUUCUCCGGGAUCAUUCUAUCAUCAAAGAGGAUCUUUUGGUGCGCAAUGGGAAGAUUAUUAAUCCAGAACCUGUGUUUUUCGACGAGAAAAGAAUACCAGAACACGUAAUUGAUUGUAAAAAUGCUAUCAUUGCUCCAGGGUUUAUAGAUUUACAGAUAAAUGGUGGAUAUGGUGUUGAUUUCUCAUAUGACAUCAAUACUGUUGAAGAAGGAAUCAUUAAAGUGGCAAGGGAACUGAUAACAAAUGGUGUCACUUCAUUUUGCCCUACACUAGUUAGCUCUCCGAGUGAGGUCUAUCAUAAGGUUAUUCCUCAAAUACCAACUCAAGUCCCUAAAGGCGCUGCUGGUAUCUUAGGAAUUCAUCUUGAAGGACCAUUCAUAAGUCCUCAGAAAAAAGGUGCACAUCCGGAAAUCUGUUUGAAGAAAUUUGAAAAGAAUUACGAAACUCUAAUUUCUACUUAUGGAACUCUGGACAACGUUAAAAUCAUAACACUCGCACCUGAAAACGAUCUAUCUGGAGAAGUAACUCGGAAACUAGCGUCGAUGGGAAUUACUGUGUCUGUAGGUCAUUCCAUUGCUAGUUUGUCAGAAGGUGAAAAUUGUGUACAAAAUGGAGCCACCCUUAUAACACAUCUUUUUAACGCAAUGCUGGCAUUCCACCACAGAGAUCCUGGUCUUGUGGGCUUACUAACUUCAACGAAUUUACCACCCAAUCUUACAAUGUAUUACGGGAUCAUUGCUGAUGGAGUACAUACUCAUCCGUCAGCCUUACGUAUUGCCCACCGAACUCAUCCAAAUGGUUUGAUACUUGUGACUGAUGCUAUUUCUGCUUUGGGCUUGGAAGAAGGAAUACAUCAUCUUGGUCAAUUAGAUUUGGAAGUUCGUAACAAAAAGGCCUUUAUCGCUGGUACGAAUACUCUUUGUGGAAGUAUAGCGCCAAUGGAUGAGUGUAUACGAAUUUUCAAAAAAUCUACAGAAUGCUCUAUUGUAUAUGCCUUGGAAACAGCAACAUUGCAUCCAGCUAAAUGUCUUGGAAUUGAAAAAUCAAAAGGUACACUUGACUUUGACUCCGAUGCUGAUUUUGUUAUGUUAGAUGAUAAACUACGUGUUCUAUCUACGUGGAUAGGCGGUGAAUGUGUUUACGAAAAGUGAUUUUCUUGGAAAAAAUUAAAUCGAGGAACAAUAAUUGAUUUAUGAAUUGUAUAAGUUUUAUAAAAUGCAUUUAAAAACUAUAUUUUUAAUAAUAAUUGCGUGUCCUUUUUCAAUAUUUGCAAAAUAUAUCAAAUUGAAAAUUUGAAUAAAAAUCAA